AUGAGCAUGGCACUACUGGUGAAACGUUUGUUUGUUUUGACCUGCAGAGAAUGUCAGGAAGGGGGUUCAGAUGUCUCUGUAGCUCUGAAUUACGUUAGUGCUGCUGCUGCUGAAGAGUGCAAACACGACCGGAGAUCAACCGUAAAGUUUGGGGAAAAUGAUCCUGAAAGAAGAAUCAGUUUGGCUGUGGUGAAUGCUGCUGCUUCUUCUCUUGCUUUAUCUUCACAAUCUCCCGCUUCGUUUCUGCCUUCUGUUCCAUUUUUCCUCUUCCCCUUAUCUUCCACUUCCUGUCUAUAUCCCUCUGAAUCAAGGAGAUAUUCCUCGUUUGUAACUUCUAGGAAAAGGGUCCUCUCUGGCCUCCAUGUGGCCGCCAAUAACCAGAUUUCUGAAACUAGUGAUGAUUCAGUUGAAGAUGCAGAAGAUUACGAAAUGGAGGAGGCCAAUACCGAGACUGUCGUUUACUCCUUUUCUCCUGUGCCUUUGCUAUUUGUAGCUGCUCUUCCUGGAGCUGCAACCGUAAGGUCUCUUUUUGAACCUUUUGUUGAGCUCGUGAAGUCUUGGAACCUUCCAGACUGGCUCGUGCACUGGGGUCACCCUGGUAAUAUGGCUGUUGUGCUUUUUGCUAUGGGUGGGUAUGGAACUUACCUUGGUUUCCGAAUCCGAGUGUCUGAUGAUGUGGAGGAGAAGGCCAAAGCCAAAGACUUGCAUCCUAAACUUCUUGGAGGGAUGUUUAUCUUCUUUGCUCUCGAUGCCGCAGGUGGAAUAACAUCUCUACUCACUUCAGAUAAACCUAUCUUUGAAAGUCCUCAUGCUGUCACAGGUAUCAUCGGGCUUGCGCUUUUGACUCUGCAGAGUAUAUUGCCGGCAUUAUUUGAGGGAAAUCCUGGAUUAAGGAAUCUUCAUGGAAUCCUGGGUAGUGGAAUUAUGACAUUGUUUCUUGUCCAUGCUGCACUUGGACUUCAGCUGGGCUUGAGUUAUUAG